CAUCCGCGUGUCCGUGGGUCUGUCAGUGCUCGCACGUCUUCAUGGGGCCGUUCCCAUCCCCCUUGCUGGUUCUGUCCGUGGGUCGGUCCGUGGGUCGCUCCGGAUGGCGCUGGCGGGGCCGGAGGGGGAACGUGGGGCCACGCGGCCGCUCUUCUGCCGCCGUGGGGCUCUGCGCCACAAGGUGGUCCAUGAAGUGAAGAGCCACCGCUUCACUGCCCGCUUCUUCAAGCAACCGACCUUCUGCAGCCACUGCACCGACUUCAUCUGGGGCAUCGGGAAGCAGGGGCUGCAGUGCCUGGUUUGCAGUUUUGUGGUUCACAAACGCUGCCACGAGUUUGUCACCUUCGAGUGUCCGGGGGCCGGAAAGGGACCCCAGACCGAUGACCCCCGGAACAAGCACAAGUUCAAGGUGCACAGUUACAGCAGUCCCACCUUCUGUGACCACUGCGGGUCCCUUCUCUACGGCCUCGUGCACCAGGGCAUGAAGUGCUCGUGCUGUGAGAUGAAUGUGCACAAGCGCUGCGUUCACGUGGUUCCGAGUCUCUGCGGCGUCGACCACACGGAGCGACGGGGACGCCUUCAGCUGCGCAUCCACCCCCUGCCCGGGGAGCAGCUCCACGUCACCGUGGGGGAGGCUCGGAACCUCAUCCCUAUGGACCCCAAUGGGCUCUCGGAUCCGUAUGUGAAGCUCAAACUCAUCCCGGACCCCAAGAACCUCUCGAAGCAGAAAACACGGACCGUGAAGGCCACACUCAACCCCGUUUGGAACGAGGCCUUCCUCUUCACGCUGCGCCCCGGGGACGCCGAGCGGCGCCUCUCGGUCGAGGUGUGGGACUGGGAUCGCACGUCGCGCAACGACUUCAUGGGCGCAAUGAGCUUCGGCGUCGCUGAGCUGCUCAAAGGGCACGUGGACGGGUGGUUUAAGCUCCUGAACCAGGAGGAGGGCGAGUACUACAACGUCCCUGUGGCCGACACUGACGACUGCGGCCUUCGACCCAAGUUCGAGGCCUGUAAUUACCCCCUGGAGCUCUAUGAGAAGGUUCGCCGCGGGCCGUGCCCAUCGCCAUCGCCAUCGCCAUCCCCGAGCCCCACAGACCCCAAACGGGGCUUCUUCCCCCCUGGCCGCUCCCACCUCGGCGACUUCACCUUCCUGAUGGUGCUGGGCAAGGGCAGCUUCGGCAAGGUGAUGCUGGCCGAGCGCCGCGGCACUUCGGAGCUCUUCGCCAUCAAAAUCCUGAAGAAGGACGUGGUGGUUCAGGACGACGACGCCGCUUCCACCAUGGUGGAGAGGAGAGUGCUGGCGCUGGGCCCGCGGCCGCACUUCCUCACCCACCUGCACUCCACCUUCCAGACCACCGACCGCCUCUAUUUCGUGAUGGAGUAUGUGACCGGGGGCGACCUGAUGUACCACAUCCAGCAGGUCGGCAAGUUCCGCGAGCCCCACGCCACGUUUUACGCUGCCGAAAUCGCCAUCGGCCUUUUCUUCCUCCACAAUGAGGGCAUCAUUUACCGGGACCUGAAACUGGAUAACGUGAUGCUGGACGCACAAGGACACGUCAAGAUCACGGACUUUGGGAUGUGCAAAGAGAACAUGUUUGUGGGGGCCACGACCCGCACCUUCUGCGGGACCCCUGACUACAUCGCCCCCGAGAUCAUCGCGUACCAGCCCUACGGGAAGUCGGUCGACUGGUGGUCUUUUGGGGUGCUGCUCUAUGAGAUGCUGGCCGGGCAGCCCCCAUUUGACGGCGAGGAUGAGGAUGAACUCUUCCAGUCCAUCCUGGAGCAGACGGUCACGUACCCCAAAUCUUUGUCCCGUGAGGCUGUUGCCAUCUGCAAGGGGUUUCUGACCAAACACCCCGGGAAGCGGCUGGGGGCAGGGCCGGGGGGGGAGCAGGAAGUUCGCCUGCACCCCUUUUUCCGCUGGACAGACUGGGAGCGGCUUGAGCGGCUGGAGGUGCCCCCCCCCUUCGUGCCCCGCCCGUGUGGUCGGAACGGGGAGAACUUCGACAAAUUCUUCACUCGGGCCCCCCCCGCGCUGACCCCCCCCGAUCAGCUCGUCCUGGCGGGGCUCGACCAGGGCGACUUUGCAGGGUUCACCUACACGAACCCCGACUUUGUGCACCCCGACUCGCGCCUCCCGCCCCCCCCCGACUCCCUCGUCUGA